GUAGGCGAAUGCGGUACAGCCCCAACAGACGAUCGUCACCGAGCCCCUAGAUGUUGGGGACGCCGGUCACCCUGCCUCGUCUCUCCUCUCGGCCUUUGUCGGAAUCGUUGCUGCGACGGCGACGAUGAUGCGACGUGGAACAGCAGCAAGACGCAGCAGCAGCAGCGGCAGCAGCGGCGGCGGCAUCAUAGCCAACAGCAGUAGCAGCGGCAGCAGCAGCAGCGACAGCGAGAUGAGCUAAAGGAGGAGACGACAGUUUGGGAUUGAACAUCACGGGGCGAGCGAUGUGUGGCGAGUCGAUCGGGCGCUUAUAGGACAAAAGGGCCACACACACACACCCACACACACCCACUCACCCACACACACAGUCUCCACUCCACAGCUAAGGGAGCUGAGUGAGCGAGUCAGCGUUAGAGGCGGUUAGCGUAUCGGCCUAACGAUUUAUAAUUGCAACUCAAUUAUAAUAUCAUUACAUCCGUGUAGGUGACCAGCCGAGGCGGACGUCAUAUAUAUAGAAUUUCGCUUUCUUUAUUUAUUUCACAAGCGCUGGACAAGACCCACAAGGUCGCUUCCAAUCUCCUCGCUCAAGUGGCCGCUGCUGUGACCGGCGACUGCCGGACCGACGAGGGCGGUGGUGGUGGUGGUCGUGGUGGUGGUGGUGGUCGUGGUGGUGGUCGUGGUGGUGGUGGUGGUCGUGGUGGUGGUGUUGGCAAAGACGACGACGAAGACGAGAAAGACCGAAGGACGAGCCGAUGCCGCCGCCGGCCCGAGCCUCGGCAACGCUCGGAGCAUGAACGAGGACGUCUCCAACUUAUCGGCGCGCCUCUCCCCCUCGGCCGCGAUGAUCAUGGAGGGCUCCAUCGACGGCAGCAACUCCUCCUCGUCCCUGGCCGCCGCCUCCGUGGUGCCCAGCUUCUCGUCGGUGAACCCGUGGGACGUGGCGCUGUGCGUCACGGGCUCACUCAUCGCGUGCGAGAACGCCGUGGUCGUGGCCGUGAUCGUCCACUCGCCCGCGCUGCGCGAGCCGAUGUUCCUGCUCAUCGGCAGCCUCGCCACGGCCGAUCUCCUCGCGGGCCUGGGACUCAUCUUCUACUUCGUUUUCCAGUACGUGUACCAGUCGGACGCGUCGAGCCUGGUGAGCGUCGGCCUCCUGGUCGCCUCCUUCUCCGCGUCCGUGUCCAGCCUGCUGUCCAUCACCAUCGACAGGUACCUGUCGCUCUACUACGCGCUCACCUACCACUCGGAGAGAACAAUGUCGUGCACCUACAUCAUGCUCGCCACCACGUGGGGCGCGUCGAUGGUGCUCGGCGCGUUGCCCUCGCUCGGCUGGAACUGCCUGCGCGACUUCGCCUCGUGCAGCAUCAUCCGGCCGCUCACCAAGAACCACGUGGUCUUCCUCUCCGUCACCUUCCUCUUCGUGUUCGCCAUCAUGCUGCAGCUGUACGCGCAGAUCUGCAAGAUCGUGUGCAGGCACGCGCAGCAGAUCGCCGUGCAGCACCACUUCCUCGCCACGUCGCACUACGUGACCACCAAGAAGGGCGUCUCGACGCUUGCCAUCAUCCUGGGCACCUUCGCCGCGUGCUGGAUGCCCUUCUCCAUCUACAGCCUCAUCGGCGAUCUCAGCUUCCCCAGCGUCUACACGUACGCCACGCUGCUGCCCGCCACCUACAACUCGGUCAUCAACCCCAUCAUCUACGCGUUCCGCAACCAGGACAUCCAGAAGGCGCUGUGGAUCUUGUGCUGCGGGUGCCUCUCCACCAACGUGCCUUUCCGCGCGAGGACACCCAGCGACGUUUGACCGCUGCCUGCCCUGCCCUGAGCCCGCGCGCGCGCGCCCCACCACCCGCCCCGUUGUGCGGGUGGUGGUUGCGUUGGUAGUGGUGGUGGUGGCCACUUUGGUUGUCAAAGUGAGGAGUGGAGGUGGUGGUGGUGGUGGUGGUUGUGAGUCUGUCUGCCUCUCAACGUGUGAUGGCUGCUGCUACUGCUGCUACUGGUGGUGGUGUAGUUGUGGGUGGUGGCCAGUUUGUUUCUCAACGUGAGAACGACUGCGUGGCUGUCAACGUGAGGACCCGUGGUAGUGGUGGUGGUGGCACUGCUGAUACUGCGCCCGGUGACUCACAUUCUCAGCGUGAGAGCUGCAUGGUGGUGAGUCAAAGUCUUCUCCCCCCCACGGGAACGCUGUGUGACACGUGUGCCCCACGGACGGACGGAAGGACACACGAGCCAGGAGAGAGAGAGAGAGAGGUGGAGCGAUGGGCGGAGAGAGAGACGCGCACACACACACACGAUGCCACGGUCACUCUCUCAAACUCCUCGGUGGCGUCACGCUGCCAAUGACUCACCCAGCGGAUGAUGGCGCAACAGAUGCCCAGGCUGCUCCUUCACGACACUGAGGGGGCC